AGACACGCUACGUCAUUGACCAUCACAGCUUCCCACCCAGCCUGCUCUGUUGCUGCACCCACAAGCUGCAGCUGAAGGGACAGAGGUGCUAACCCAACCUGAGGUAAUGUACACUACCAAGGUAGGUAAGGUAGGCAUUCAUGGUGAAGCGAGCUAGCUGGCUAGAGCUGAAGGGGAGCUAUGAGGCAAUUGGAGGGGCUCUUUUCCCACCUCAUCCAUUUCAUGGGAUUGCCGGUUGGUUAGGUUCCCUUUUCCCCCCUUUGCCCUGCUGGUCUGCUGGAUGAUCUGCAUACCUAUGAUUAUAUCCCUAUCCCCCGAGACCUUUAACCUCCGCACAUUUCGAUCUUACCUGCUUGAUUCUCCUUCUGCUCAAUUCUCUUUGCCUUUUUGUUCUUUCGUGUUUACCCAAACACUAGGCAACUGAUUUGGAUCUUUGACAGCGUAGUCUCAGCUACGACUGGUCUAUAAUCUUCAUCCACAAUCCAAGACAAAAAACACCCCAGAGAAUCAGGCAUUGUCCAUGGUAGCAAGAUGAACUACGACGAACACACGGUGCCGACCGGCGGCCAACACUACAGCGGCCGGAACCGCAUCCCAAACAUUCACGAGUUCGUCGCCCAGCUCGACAAGGAGAAGCGCGAGCGCGACGCUGCCAUUGAAGCCGAGGAUAAGGAGCACGCGAGGAUCGCCAAGGAAGCUGCCCGCCAGCAGCAACAAAACGGCAACGCCACACAGCAGCAACAGCAACAGCAACAAAAUCUCCAAGACACAAAGGAUCAUGUCCCCGAGAAACCAAAAGGUGCUCGCAAGAAGACCAAGACCGUGCGGGAUCCCGUUACUGGCAAGGAUGUCGAGAUUGAGAACCCCAAGGAAAACUUCAAGGACGUUGUUGAAAACCCCCACAUAUCCGUUCCCAACAAGAACCUCGGAAAGGACGCUACAGUCUCCACGUCCCCUAAUCAGUCUGGCGAGGAGUACCGAUGGGCCCAAGAUGUCACGGCGCCGCCCGACCCCGUCGAGCCCGGUAGCACCACCGACGUGCCCAUCCACAGCGAGAAGACCAACGUGAACUUUUUCCACACCCCCAGCGUCAGCUACGAGCCCAUGUUCGAGCACCUCGAGAGACGCGGCAACAUUCUGUGCGCUGGUAUCUUCUUCGCCAUCGUCAUCGUCGGCAAGUUCUUUGGCGGCUCGCUCUAUGGCCUGCUUCCUCUCGGAGCGUGCGUCGCCUCUGGUGUCUUUCUGUGGAUAAAGGACCUCAUUACGCAGGGAAGAAACACCGAAUGGUCUAGUGAGCAGGCGCGUGGCGAAACAGCAACCGUCAACCUGGUCCCCGAAUCCGUCGAGUGGAUGAACACCGCCGUCGGCAUCAUGUGGAAUCUCAUUAACCCCGAGAUGUUUGCUGGCAUUGCCGAUACCCUCGAGGACGUCAUGGUUGCCUCAGUGCCCGGCGUCAUCGAGAACGUGCGCGUUGCCGACAUCUCGCAGGGCAGCAACCCGCUCCGCAUUCUCAGCUUGCGCGCCCUUCCCGAUAGCCACGUCAAGGACAUCAAGGACGAGGCCCACAAGCAGAACCAGAAGAACACUGACCCCAACGAACUGGCCGCCAUGGAGCAAGCUGGUGACUUCUACAACCUGGAGGCCUCAGUUGCUUACCACGCGAAGCCGUCCGGCUCUGACGUUUCGUCAAAGGCCCGCAACAUGGGAAUGCAGCUCGUCUUUUACCUCGGUGUUCGAGGUCUCUUUGGCGUCCCCCUCCCAAUUUGGGUUGAACUUCAGGGACUUGUCGCCACCGCCCGUAUCAGAUUGCAGCUUACCCCUGAACCGCCUUUCCUCAAGACCCUCACUUUUACUUUGAUGGGUAUUCCCAAAGUUCAGGCUGGUUGCACGCCAAUGAUUGAAAAGGGAGUCAAUAUUCUGAACUUGCCUCUCAUCUCCAACUUUGUCAACUGGGCCAUCGGCACCGCUGCUUCAAUGUACGUCGCUCCCAAGAGCAUGACUCUCGACUUGAGCAAGAUGCUGCAAGGCGACGACAUCAAGAAGGAGACGCUUGCGCUCGGACUUCUCUUCAUCCGUAUUCAUAAGGCAACGGGCCUCAGCAAGCAAGACCGCCGGGGCAGUGAGGGCGGAGGCUCCGACCCCUACAUCACCGUCGCCUGGAGCAAGUUCUCCAAGCCCCAGUUCUGUACCCGUGUCAUCCAAGAUGACCUCAACCCCGUCUUCGAGGAGAGCUGCGGCCUGUUGGUCACAGCCGAUUUGAUCAAGGCGGACGAGCAACUUUCGGUCGAGCUGUGGGACAGCGAUCGCUCAUCUGCGGACGAUGUCGUUGGCAAGGUCGAGUUGAGCAUUCAGAAACUCAUUCAACACCCCGGCAAGAUGUUCCCCCAGGUUUCCAAGCUUGCUGGCGUCAAGGCCGAGACCUCUAUGCCUGGCGAGCUGCACUGGGAGGUUGGCUUCUUCGGCAAGACCCAGUUCCGCAAGGCUCUUCGUACCGAUGGUAAGGACGUCAAUCUGCCUCCUGAACUGAGGGACAAAAAGGAGCUUCAGGACGAAAAGGGCACCAUUGAAAACGACAUGGAGGAUGCUGUCGAGCACACUCCUCCCGACCCUCUCUGGCCCUCUGGCAUUCUCAGCAUCGUCGUCCACCAGAUUGUUGGAUUGGAGCUCGCCAAUGUGAAGGGUUCCAACGGUAAGCGCAAGGGACGCGAGUACGAACCUGCGCGCCUCGAUGCUGGCGAGGUCAAGGAGGAACAGGGCAGCAAGUUGCCUAGCUCAUACUGCACGAUUCUCGUCAACGAUGAACUGAUCUACAAGACACGUACAAAGGCCGUCUCCUCGCAACCCAUCUUCAACGCCGGUACCGAAAAGUUCAUUCGCGAUUGGAGGUCUGGCAUUGUGACAAUUACUGUCCGCGACUCCCGCAACAGGCAACACGAUCCCAUCAUUGGCGUGGUCCCUCUCAAGCUUUCCGAUAUUUUGCGAUCUGGAAGUGAAGCCACAAGAUGGUACCCUCUCGAUGGCGGAGUUGGAUACGGAAGAAUCCGUAUCUCCCUUCUCUUCAGGUCUGUUGAACUGCGUCUGCCUCCUGCUCAGCUUGGCUGGGAUGUUGGUACAUUCGAGUUCACGUCUCAGCAAAUCACUGCUGCUGGCUACGGUAAAUUGAAGACCAAGAUCCGCCUUCGUACUGGUGGCAGCUCUUCUAGCAUCAAGCGAGACGCCUGUAACAAGCUGGAGGAGCAAGACGGCUUUUCAUGGGACAUCAGUGGCGAUGAGAAACACGAGAAGAUCCGUCUUCCUGUUCGUUACCGCUACAGAUCCCCAGUAUUCUUUGAGUUUUACCCUCCCGGAAAGCGUCAUGCCGACGCUUUUGCGUCACUAUGGCUCCAGGACUUCCCGGAUUGCGAGGAACGCGACUUUGAUAUUCCCAUCUUCAACUGCGACAAGGGUCUGCGUCUGUCACAGAACUACAUCACUCAGGACAACUUCAAAGACAUCCCCGACAUGAAGAUUGAAGAAAUUGGUCGACUCAGAUUCAAGGGUCGUUUCUCCACUGGUACCGACGGUGAUCACGUCAAGUUUGUCACUGACAACGAUUCGCGCGAGACAAUUGAGACCUGGGAGGCCUGUUUUGCGGAGGGAGUGCGAGGCGAGGAGGUCCGAGCCGAGGUGCCUCCCGCAGUUCAGAAGCUGCAUGAUGAGUCCCUGACCCAAGGCCGCGAUGUCCUGGCCCAGACUGAUCCGAAGGAGAAAGAGAAGUGGCUCUCCAAAGACGGAACCGACUGGAGCACUGCCUUUGGAAAAGAUCCCACACAGAUGAUGGGUGGCGAUAACGAGAAUCAGGAAGAUCUGAACUCGGAGGGACGCGAUGACUUCGAUACGGAUUAUGACGAUGACGAUAACAGUAGUGAGCCGGAUCUCGGACUCACAGACGCCAGCACCAAAGAUACCGGAGCCAGCAGCAAUGGCACACGGCAGUCGACAGACAGCAACGCGAGUGCGGCUCCCUCGGACGCAUCUCAAAAAAGCAACGGUAACGGACCUGUUGCCGCUUACAAAGACUACAAGAGCAGGAGCCGAGACCUGCACCGCCAACAUCGAGGUCUGAUGCAGUGGCGUCCAAUGCGUAAUGUGCAGUUCGCCAAGGAUGAGGCCAAGUUUGCGAUCCGGAAGAUUACCAAGAUGGGUGCUCUCAACGGUCGCAAGCCCGAUGUGGAGACCGAAGUCUAAGUCUGUUCUUUCUGUCGAGAGUAGAGAAACAUGGGGACACGCGACAACGGCUGGGGUUAUAGGAAACAGGGUACAGUCCGUUAUUCGACGGCCUUGGUAAUGUUUAUGAAGUAUACCUACAUGAAACAAAUUGCGAUGAACGGGAGGAAGGCGUUUGGAGGUGUAUUAGUAGUCAAAGCAGGCAAAUUAUAGUUUUGAACAAUUCUCGACCGUGGUUCCGUAUAAGUAGUGUUUCUGGAUGAACAUGCUGGAUAAGUUGAGUCAUCAGUAGGCUGAUCUACCCGCGUCUAUUGUGGUCUAUCUAACAAAGUCUACAGGCGUUCUUCUUUAUCACUCACGUCUGUCUUCCCCUUUCCACGUCCACCAAACCCCCAUCCAAUCUGGUUCGCCAUCUUGACAUUGACCCCAAGCUCAUCGGCAUACGCAUACACCAAUCCAGGAUUCUUCUGGAACCACCGACCGCACAUAAUCACAUCCAACCCCUCCUGAAGGAACCCCUCCGCCAUGGUCCCCGUACUAAUACCACCCACAGCCGACACCAGCAUCCUCUCCCCGACAACUUUCUUAAUCUCCUUUGCGAAACCGGCCUGGUACCCGGGUCCGCCCUUGAUACUCGUCGCCUGCAGCGGAUGAAUCCCGCCGGAGCUGACGUCCAGCAGAUCGACGCCCCGCUCCGCGAGCAACGGCGCCAGCCUACACGAGUCGGCGAGCGUCCAGCUGUGCGGGACGAGGUCUGUUCUGUCGUCGAACCAAUCCGUCGCGCUGAUGCGGACGAAGAGCGGCAUCGUGUCGGGGAUCGUGGCGCGGACGAGGGAGGUGACUUCGAGAACUAGACGGGUGCGGUCUUCGAAGGAGGAGGAGCCGUAGGCGUCGGUGCGGGCGUUGGAGAUUGGGCUGAGGAAUUGGUGGAGGAGGUAGCCGUGCGCGGCGUGGAUUUCGAUCACGUCGAAGCCGGCUUGGACUGCGCGGCGGGCGGCGGCGACGAAGGCUUCUUUGAGGGAUUCGAUUUGGAGGAGAGUUAGGGCUUUGGGGAGGGGGUAUGCUUCGUUGAAGCGGAGGGGGGAGGGCGCGUAGACCUCGUCCGGCCAGCCGUGCGCUUCGGGGGGCGAGGUGGCGUUGGCGUGGAUGAAGGGGGCGACGGUGCUGGCUUUGCGGCCCGCGUGGGAGAGCUGGAUGCCGAUCUUUUGGGACUGGGCGUGGGCGAAGUCGGUGAUGCGGCGGAGGGGCGGGAUCUGGGCGUCGGACCAGAGGCCUAGGUCCUGCGGGGUGAUGCGGCCUUGCGGGAGGACGGCGGUGGAUUCGAUGAGGCAGAGGCCGGGCCCGCGUUGGAGGAUGCCGCCUAGGUGGGUCAGGUGCCAGUCUGUUGCGAGGUUUCCGGCCAGGGGCGAGGCGGAGUAUUGGCAGAGGGGGGCGAGGAAGAGGCGGUUUUGGAGGGUGAGGGAGCGGAUUUCGAGGGGGGUGAAGAGUUUUGGGAGGGGGGUGGUGGUGGUGGAGGGGAGGAUGGCUGUUCCGGAGGGGGGAGAUUGGGAUGGGGUGUAGUAGGGUGCGUCUUUUGCUGCUGGGUUUUGGACGAGUUCGAGGGGGAGAGAGGUUGGGGCUUUCGUGGCGGGAGAGGCCAUCUUGAGAGCUGGGUUUGUAAGUUUGGAGCUGGGUUGUUAGAUGAGGUUGAAUGGCGGGAUAGGGGACUAUUGGAACGGAAAGUAAGAGGUUGCCAAUUUUAUACUGAGUUGCGGAUCUGAUUCUACUUCAAAUGCUUCAUUGUAGACUUGGUAGAUCGUGUGUUUUGUCAGCACCGUGUACUACCCACGGUCUGUUGCCGCAAUCUUCUCGGCGCGUGUCGUUGAUGGCCGAGUGGUCCGGCCCGUAGCGUGGGUCUUCGGCCGUUUCAUCCGGGGUGUCACCCGGCCGGGGAAGGAUUCGGUGUACACCGGAGCACCGUGAACCAUUAACUGAAAGUCUGAAAAUUUUACUUCGGGAAC